AUGCAAAGUAAAGAUAAAGCUGUGCCGCAUUUCAGCGAUGAAGAAUGGCGGGCCGAUUUAGGUUUUCUUACCGACAUCACAUCACAACUCAAUGACUUGAAUCAAAAAUUACAAGGAAAAAAUAAUUUAGUUCACGAAUUACUUGAUUUUUUAAAAGCGUUUGAAUUAAAACUCGAACUAUGGAUCAGCCAGUUCCAAAGAAAAAUUACGACGCAUUUUCCUCAUCUGUCAUUAUUCCAUAUUUCGAAUAUGGACAAAUAUAUUUCUGCACUUCAGGAUCUGAAAACACAAUUCCAUUCGCGAUUCCCUGAUUUUCGGAGAGACGAAAAGUACCUGAAUUUAUUUGCUCGUCCAUUCAGUGUUUCGGUUGAAGAAGUUCCGGAAGAAUUUCAGAUGGAAUUGAUAGAACUACAGUGCAAUUCAACCUUAAAAAACAAAAUUGAUGUUGAUUUGCUUGAUUUCUAUUCGAAAUACGUCUCCAUUAGAGAUUUCCCCAAAAUCAGAGAUCAUGCACUUAAAACUAUAUCACUUUUUGGAUCCACAUAUACAUGUGAGCAGUUAUUUUCACGCAUGAAAAACGUGAAAUCUAAAAUGUGGACCAGAAUCACCGAUGUUCACCUUGAGAAUAGUUUGAGGAUUGCAACCAGCAAUAUUAAACCAGAUAUUGAUAAACUGGUUAAAAAUAAACAGUGUCAGAUAUCUCAUUAA